GAAUGGAUCCAUCAACACUAAUAAAAGCACGCAGAUAAACCGAAAUACAUUCUUUGAAAUUGUGAAAUUAAAAUAUACCAGAAAUAAUUAAGCGAGACUUAAGCAAAAUGCGCGGCGACUUUAAUCUGCUCAAUUUCGAGACAUAUGCGGAAUAUCUGGAAUCGUUUACCAGACCAGAGGAAUACCGUUACUUGGGAAACAAGAAAGUUAUAAAUUCGCUUGUGAAACUUGGCUAUCGGACUAAUGCCACUAUUCAUGAGGAGGACGACUUCUAUAGGCUCAAGAAACAUCUGACGGAACUAAUCAACCCAAAAACAACAUCAGUAAAACUCUUUGGCAGUUAUCUGACGAGCGAUGAUCCAGUGCUAGUUGCGCUAGCUGAACGCGAGGAGCGCAAUUUGCAAAAGAAGUUAUCGACCAUUAUCUUUUUACAAGUUCGACAACGGAGUGGCUUCGACAUAUCGGGUUAUAUCGACUACGCGGAUAGCUUACUAGCCGCCAACCUCCAUAUGGUAGGUUGCACCAAUUGGAAGGCUGUCUUCGAGGGUCGCAUUAUGCUGCGACCCAAACGCAGCCAUUUGAGCUUCUUUGACUGGCACAGUGGCACCAUUUGCUACAAUCCAAGCAACAAUUACGCAAUCAUGCACCACGGUGCUUCGCUGAUGUUUCAGCAUCUUGGCGAUCACAAGUUCAUCCCAGUUACGAACGCCGACAGUUGGCACAAGGAUAAUGUAAAGCGCACAUCCAUCCGUUCGCCAAUGUAUAAUUGUAUAGUUUUAUACGAUCAUGUCGUUAGAAAAGCAUCAUAAGUUGAAAAUUAAUCAAAUGGAAAAUAUACCCAUAUACGAAAAUUA